AUGGCGAACGUCGAAGAGACCGUUGCCAAUGUGCAGCGCAAGAUCGACCGCGAGAAGGCCCUGAUCAACGCCGCAAAUGCUAUGCGCCAGUCUACCAACAACCCGGCAGUCCUCUCACGGCUCGACGGGCAGAUCAAAGACGGCCGCAGAAACAUUGACUACUUCGAGUCUAAGCUAAGAGACCUGGAUGUGCAGAGAACGUCGUCAGGCAUGGAAAAUAUGACUCUGCAGCCGGCCCUCAGUCCGACCAACCCACUGACCCCACCUCCCAAAGAUGGAUGGAAUGGCUUCACGCAGCAGGACCAGGGCGGAUAUGGCGGUCCUCAGAGCCAAUACAGCCAACUCAGCGGCGGAGAUGCUCUACAGCCACCGCGCGCGCCGUAUGCACCGCCUGCACCCGGCACAGCUAAUAAGCGGCCAAACUACAGCAAAUUGGACCUUAUCAAAUAUGACACCCCGCAUCUCGGCCCCCGAAUUCAGCUCAUGCUGACCCAGCUUGAAUUCAAGCUCAGUGUUGAAAAACAGUACAAGGAUGGAAUUGAGAAGAUGGUGAGACUAUACCAAAUGGAGGGCGACCGCAAGAGCAAGCAAGAUGCCGAGGCCAAGCGCAUCGAGAGUAACCAGAAGAUACAACUCUUGAAGCACUCCCUCAAGCGUUACGAGGACCUUCAUGUGGACAUUGACGGUGACGCUGGUGGUGAUGAUGACAGCUUGAACAUCCCGAGCCAAAGGAAACCCCUAAGCGGUCACUUAUCCCUGCGCGUACAUGCCGUUGCCGAUGUGGACCAUGCGGCCACAGGGCGCUUCAGUCGAGGUCCAGAGACGUUUGUCAACAUCAAGGUUGAAGAUGCAAUCAAGGGCCGUACGAAGCCCUCCAGGAACGAUCGCUGGACAGACGAAGUUCAUGAGUUCAGCAUCGACAAGGCAAACGAAAUCGAGAUCACGGUAUACGACAAGGCUGGUGACCACCUUCUCCCCAUUGGUAUGCUUUGGGUCCGCAUAUCAGAUAUCGCCGAGGAGAUGCGCAGGAAGAAGAUUGAGACUGAGCUCGCCAACUCUGGCUGGGUGGCUGCUGACAAGAUGGGAGGAUCUACGGGUGUCCAGCCCGACAUGCAAUUCCAGCCACCGCCAGGGCAAAACUUUGCAGGCGCAGGUGCAGGUGCUGGCGCUGGAGGUGCAGCUCCUGGUGCGGCCCGACCGCCGGGUGCUGCACAACCCCAAACAGGUCCUAUUAUGAUCGACGAUUGGUUCUCAUUGGAGCCAGUAGGACGCAUCCACCUUACCAUGUCUUUUGCCAAGAACACGGGCAACAAGCAGCCCUUCGAUCUUGGUCUCGGCCGCAAAGGUGCUGUCCGUCAACGAAAGGAGGAUGUCGUCGAGCAGUACGGACACAAGUUCGUGCAGCAACAGUUUUACAACGUCAUGCGCUGCGCUCUCUGCGGCGAGUUUCUCAAGUAUGCUGCCGGCAUGCAAUGUUCGGACUGCAACUACACAUGUCACAAGAAGUGCUACACGAAGGUCGUUACCAAGUGUAUUACUCAGUCCAACGCCGAGACCGAUCCAGAUGAGGCCAAGCUUAAUCACCGCAUUCCUCAUCGCUUUGAAAACUUUUCCAAUAUGGGCGCCAACUGGUGCUGUCAUUGUGGUUAUGUUCUCCCUCUUGGACGCAAGCAGACGAAGAAGUGUAACGAAUGUGGCCUUACUUGCCACGCUCACUGUGUACACUUUGUACCUGACUUCUGCGGUAUGUCGAUGGAAGUUGCUAAUCAAAUUUUGAUGGAGAUCAAGAGGACGAGGAGGGGACAGUCGUCAUCAGGUCCCAGCAUGGCUACACGUACUCUGCGACCAGCACCACCGACAAAACCUUUACCAUUGGCGCAACCUCAAUCACCAGGUCAACCCGGCCAGGAACAACAAGCACAGCCUGACAGGUACUCGUAUGGCAAAGAGCAAAUGAGUCCCCCGCCUGGCCCCCCAAGGCAGCCAUCCUACCCGACCUCGGCUACAUCCAUUGAUGCUGCUCGUGCCUCUUACUCGACAUCAGGGUCUACUGCCACCCCUACAUCGCCAACCUCAGGGUCAAGGCCCUCUUCAGGCCCGCGUACUCAAUCUUCGGUGGCCGCGGCGGCGGCCGCUAUGAAUAAAACCACUCAGCCUGGAUAUGGUCGCAGCAAUACAGACUACCAACCACAAAGCGCAAGGUCAUCAGGUAGUGGAUAUGCAGCGGAACAACGCAUACCACAGCAGCAAGCUCCCCAACCAGCUGCCUACGACCCAUCAGUCUAUGCAAACAUACCAAGCUAUCCACCGAGCCAUCAACAACCGGCACCAAUGCCGUCAUACCCCCAGAAAUCGUCCUACCCUCUUCCACAACCACCACCACAGGCACAACCUCAAUCUCAGCAGCAGGCGCUACCCCCACAACCAAAGGUACAGGAACCUCAGUCUCCUGCAAAGCCACCUCCAUCUGCAGUGAUAGAAGCGCCUGGCAAGAAGAUCACGCCCCCAGCAAAUACACAAGGCACUGGAAAGAGGAUAGGCUUAGAUCAUUUCAACUUCCUUGCGGUCUUGGGUAAGGGUAACUUUGGAAAAGUAAUGUUGGCUGAGACGAAGAGUACCAAGCAGCUCUAUGCUAUCAAAGUACUGAAGAAAGAGUUCAUCAUUGAGAACGACGAAGUCGAGAGCACGCGUUCGGAGAAGAGAGUGUUCUUGAUCGCCAAUAAGGAGAGACAUCCUUUCUUGCUGAACCUACAUGCGUGUUUCCAAACCGAAACUCGAGUGUACUUCGUCAUGGAGUACAUUAGUGGUGGUGAUCUUAUGUUGCACAUUCAGAGGGGCCAGUUCGGCACGAAACGAGCACAGUUUUAUGCUGCCGAGGUCUGCCUCGCUUUGAAGUACUUCCAUGAGAACGGUGUCAUCUACCGAGAUCUGAAACUGGAUAACAUUCUGCUCACUCUAGAUGGGCAUAUCAAAAUUGCUGACUACGGGUUGUGCAAAGAAGAGAUGUGGUAUGGGUCAACGACCAGCACAUUCUGUGGUACCCCCGAGUUCAUGGCACCAGAGAUCCUUCUGGACAAGAAGUACGGUCGUGCCGUCGACUGGUGGGCAUUUGGAGUCCUCAUCUACCAGAUGCUCCUUCAACAAUCACCCUUUCGCGGUGAAGACGAAGACGAAAUCUACGACGCUAUUCUUGCCGACGAACCUCUCUACCCCAUUCACAUGCCUCGCGACUCCGUUUCCAUCCUCCAGAAGCUUCUCACCCGUGAGCCGGAAAUGCGACUUGGCUCUGGACCUACUGACGCCCAAGAAAUCAUGUCGCAUGCUUUCUUCAGAAACAUCAAUUGGGAUGACAUCUACCAUAAGAGAGUACAGCCGCCAUUCACUCCCCAGAUUACCAGCCCAACGGAUACUAGCAACUUUGAUACUGAGUUUACGAGCGUCACGCCCGUGCUUACUCCUGUGCAAUCUGUCCUUUCACAAGCGAUGCAAGAAGAAUUCCGCGGUUUCUCCUACUCGGCCGAUUUUGCCUAA